AACUGUCACAAAAACGUAACCUAAAAAAUGAGCGAAGACGCUUCUGAAAACAAGGGGGCUGCCGAUUCCCUGCAAUCAUUCCAGUCGAUGAAUAUUAACGAUGGGGACCAGGAAAAUAAUCAAAAGUCCGAUAAGCAAAAAAUCGAUAUAUUGCUUAAACCGACCGGAAACGCCCCAAUUAUGAAAAAGAAAAAAUGGACAGUUGAAGGCGACAAGCCCAUUUCAUGGAUUGCCGAGUUUAUGAAGCGAUACAUGAAAUUGGAGCCGCAAGAAAAAUUGUUUCUGUACGUGAAUCAGACUUUUGCGCCUUCACCCGAUCAGAUAAUGAAAAAUUUGUACGAUUGUUAUUCAACGGAAGGGAAAUUGGUUUUACACUAUUGUAAAACACCAGCUUGGGGUUAAUGUUUUUGUGUGUUUAUUUAUUUAUAAGUUAAUAUAAUAAAUAUAAAAUGGAUCUAUU